UCGGGAGACAGUCGCUGGCCAAACGCGACGCAACUGCGAGUGCAGCGGACAGUCGGUCGGUCCCACUAUAUAAAAAUAAACCGAAAGAAGAAGCCGUCGGCACAGGCUGUGCCAAAAAAUUUUCAAAUUAGAGUACAUAUAGUGUAGUGUGUAGUGUGCGGUCGUUUGCGUUGUAAAUAAUUUGAAAAUUCGUAAAGUAACAAUACCUCACUCCCCCAAACAUGAGUGCACUGGGCGUGGGGCGGAAGGGCAGCGGCCAACUGGAGGUUAUGCAAAAGGCUGGCUGGAAGAUCGAUGGAGACGAGAAGGCCUGCUACAUAGAUGUCGACGAGGAUGACGACCAGGACCAGGAGAGCAUGAUCGAGUCAAACUGGCGUUACCUACCCGACCUAGUGCUCGAGCAAAUCUUUACCUACCUCAGCCCCAAAGAGCGCUACUAUGCGGGAUUGGUUUGCCGCCAGUGGUAUAGAGCCUUCUACUUGCCAACCGUGUGGAACAACUUCUUGGUGGAUGAUCGAACCCUCACGAAACCGAAGUUCAACUACUACUCCGGCUGGCAAUUUUGCCUCGAUCACAUGCGAACCCAGUUCUGCCUGUCGAAGAUCGGCAAGUAUAUGCGGGGCAUCGAGUUUCGUCCGUGGCACAGUUUCAACAACAUCUUUCAGUUUAUGACCAUGUUGUCAUGGAAUAUCGACAAGGGUAGAGAGGAGAACCCGGGUACGGAGUUUAUUGGCAUAGGCCGCCGGAUACGAACCCUGGUCUAUCACUUCCCUUGCAACAUGUCGCAGCCCAACGAUCCGGAGGGAAUCAAGCUGUUCGGCACUGGAGGUCAGCUGCUGAGGGUGCUGAAAGAGCUGCUCCUGCGAUUGACUGACCUCCACACCCUCAAGCUGGUGGACUUCGUACUGGAGCGCUACGAGGCGAAUCACCUACUGGACGAGGUCGUCUGCAGUUGCUGCACCAAGAUGAGGGUCCUCAAUCUGGUGAAUGUGACCACGAUGCACUGCCCCAUCAUGCAUGUGGGUCUGUUUCUCAAUCUGCAGGUGCUCACCAUAUCGCCACAGAACAUAGAUGACGACGUUCUGUCCCUGCUGGCGGACACCAAGCUGCGGCACCUGCACCUGCUGCAGAACUGCUACACGCCAAACCACCUGACAAUAAGUGCCUGCGGCGUGAAGGCCUGGCGGAACGUGAAGAAGACCAACCCGCGCCUGCGAGUCCAUCUGCGGAUGGAGAACCUGGCGGACGGGGAGGUGGUGCUGCAGCCGGAGGCGCCUGUCCACAGCAUCACGUACUGCGCGCCGCAAACCCGGAUUCGGGCCGAGCUGCUGGUCCGCAUGGUGGACCACUACCGGAACACCCUGGCCGUCUACGGCCACGAGCUGCUGCCGCGCUUUUCCAGCCCCAAGCCCUUUCACAGCCGCAUCGACAGCUUGAUGUUGCUGAUGUGCCGGCAGUGCUUCAAUGUGGACACUCUGGUCAUCCGCGAGAAAGUCUCCACCUCGACGCUUUUGCUCAUUGCCCGAACAGCCAAGAAUCUGCAGCAUCUCUACGUGCGGCGGUUUGCGGUGAUUCUGCGUUGCGAUUGGCCCAGACACCCGGAAUGGAGCGACGAAUUCAAUUCCUGGCUGAAGCGAAACUCCAGAUCCUACGAGGCCGUCGAGCGGGAGAUCUCAGAGAUUCUGGGCUACAAGUGGCGCCUGCUCAGCGACCGGGACUUCAAGCAGCUGACUGUGAACGUGAAAUCCGGAGCCUAGGUGCCUGGGACUUUGCGAAUUCUGAAUCCCCCUUUAAGACUUGUGAUAAACGGUGUAGAGCUUUAAUAAAAAACCCAAAUAAUGAAAACAA